AUGCUCAGAAGGGACCAAUAUCACACUUUGGCAUGGGACACUGGGAAGAUUGUAGGGAAUGUUGAUGCAAAUCAGCUCAAAAACACCAUGACAGCGAUAUCUCAAAAUGGGCGUUUCAUUGCAGCUGCAACUUUUAUCGAUGAUGUGAAGGCAAUGCGCGAUAUUUUAUUUCAUCACCACCACAUAGAGAAGGUCUGUUGCUGUCGUGAAGCAAAGAAUAUGGUAUGUCUAAAUGGUCACUGCUAA